AUACCAACUAUCUUCAUCGUAUUAACAAUUAGUAUUAGUAAAGACAACAACGCUAUGCAAGGAAAAAAUAAAAGAGUUGUUGAAAGAAUUAUUGAACAUAAAUUUAUUAAUGGAAGUGUAAGCUACCUGGUCAAAUGGAAAGGUUAUCCAGAAGAUGAAAAUUCAUGGAAACUUCAAGAUGAAAUAAUUAAAUAUGCAGAGUUAAUUGAAUACUAUUGGGAAAAUUUUGAAAACCAUCCAUCAUCAAAGUCACUAUCCAAAGGAAUAUCACCAUCAUCAAUGACAACAGAUUCGACUUUACCAUCCCAAUCUAUUAUCGAAACCAACUCUUCAAAAAUAGUAGGUGACAACAUUCCUCGAUUUUACGAACCAGAUUGGGAUUCGCACGUUGAGUGUAUUGAAACGAUUUAUCAUGAUGAAACUAAUAAUUCAAUAUUACGAAACCCACUCUCAUUUCAAGAUCUUCAAAAGUCUUUAGUACUGCAACUAUAUGAUUUACUCUCGAGAAAUCAUUCUCAUUUCAAGACCCUUAAAGAAACCAUUCUCAUUUCAAGACCCUUAAAGAAACCAUUCUCAUUUCAAGACCCUUAA